AUGUUUGUUCACACCAAUACGGACGAUGUGAUAAACAUCUCAGUUGCAAAAUUAUCUAAUGCAAACAAGAAAUUCCCCAGACGCACAUCUGUUACUCCAGCAGCCGCAUCUUAUACGCGACCAAGUAAUGAAUCCUCAAACAAGACAGGACGCUUAUCUCUUGCAUCUGCCAGCUCGGACCGUAACAGCAUUGAAGCUAGCGGAUUCAACGCCGGCGAGAAACUUAGGCGAAUGUCUACUUUGUUUAGCAUAGACAGGUCAAAAACACGUGAAGCCAUCAUGGCAGUGUUGGAAGAUCCAGCCAGAACAGAAUAUCGGAAGCUGAAAAACACAAACGAGCAUUUAACCGCGGAGUGGAAACAGCUGCGUAAGUUUGUGGAACAACUAGCAAGUGAUUACGAAUCCACGAGGCAACUGGACCCUAUUCGGCGCUAUCGGCAACUCCAAGCAAUGACUAAGCGAACAGUGAUGCAUCUACGAUUAACUGAAGUCGGUUGUCUGUCGGGAGAUCCGUUGAAAGCGGAGGUUCCGGUUCAAGGAAGUAUUCUUCAAAGUGAAGCGAAAGAGAGGGAGAUUGAAAAACGAAUUAUGCGGAUGUGUGAAAAUUACACCGUUGAAGAGCUUGGGCCAGAAAAUCGACGACUUCGUGAGAACAACGACCGGUUAGAGACCCGUAUCCAACUUAUCGUCCAGACUAUCAAUGAACUGGAUGUACUUUAUCGUUCCAGCAAGAGUGAUAGUUUUGUGAAACGAUAUGGUGCUCUACGGGAAGCAAUCAAAGAGAUUGUUACCAAUAAGGAACUCAUUGGAGCACCGUGAAGAAGGCCGUCUCACAGGAAAUCUGCAAGACAACACCGCAGUUUGCAAACAUCCAAAGAAUAACUUUUUACUUUCACGUUAUCCAGAGUACUGCGUAUUUUUUCCAUGUAUACCAUUUUAUCUUGAACUAUUGGCAUUAUAUGUUUUGUGUUUAUUCACUAAAAGCAUUGUCACAGUAUUUUUGUGUCCAAAUUUCAAAACUUGGCUUAAGUACGGUUUUGUUUGUACCUUGGAUCUUGUGUUCCGAUAAAAAUUAGUAUCUAUAUGACCCUUUGUUUAAAUCACAAAUUUGUGCUAUGUGGCUGACUUUCACUUCCUCCAAAGGAACGCUUUUUUGUGUUGGUAUAUUUAUUUAAUGUCCAGGAUUUUGAGGUGGUAUUCUGUGGGCCCCAAGUUACAGCCUGCAGGGAGAAAAUGAUCGCUUUGUUCCGUAAUUCUAUAUAAUUCGACAUAAAUUUCUCCCAUACGAAGAUGGCAGCUGAUCUAAAUACACAAUUCUUGGUCUUGAAGUAAUAAAUGUAUUGUUUGAAGCUGUUUC